AUGUCCAGGAUGAUCACGCGCAAUGGUGGAGUUCGUCCUGCUGACGGGUUGUCUGGAGUGACCCAGGACAAGGUCAAGGAAUCAUCGCUGGUGGCUGAUGUUUCUGCUGCGUCGUCGGUCAAGCGUACAACUGAUCUGUUCACGGAAGCGGAUAAAGAAGCUCUUCAGCCUGGCGGAACAGCUCAAGGCAUUAAAGAUGCUGCGCGUGACUUACUUGCGACGGCGACUUCAGGAGCUGUGCUGCCUCAGAAGGAAGGCUCGGAUGCGUUGAAACCUGCAACUGGAGCGGGGGAGAACGGUCAUCAGCAGGACAAGGGUGAGGGGGUCAAUGCUGUGGCUACGGCUGACGAGGAUGAUGAGGAUGAUGACGGUUACCUGAGUGAUGACCCCGAGGAACGUUAUGAGGCUGCUGCGAAGGGCGAGGUGGCGCAACGUGUCCGGUUUGCCAUCACUCUGCUGGUUCCUGUUGAAUUCAAGCCGGAGGUGACACGGGUGCAGGCGACUCUGCGUGCGCUUUUCGGAAUUUGGAAGGACUUGGGGGUUGAUGUGCAGACUACUACCAAGUUUCAAGAGCUGGGAACUCAGUACCUGAAUAAGAAGCAGUACUGCCGUCUUCAGGUGUCGUUUGAUCGGGCGCGUGACGCUAACUUCGUCUGGCGUCAUGGGAUUGUCCACAUCUGUAUGGAUGGGAAGACAAGGAUUAAUCUGGAUUGGCAGCACCCGGUGGAUCCGGCUUAUGUCAAGGCGCGCGCGGCUGAUCCUGCGCUGGUGGAAGUCCUGUUCAAGGGGGUGGAUGCGGUCAUUACGCCUGAUAUGCUUCGCGAGAUGCUGGUGGUGGUGAAGCUGGUCGUGCGUGGGAGGCCGGCUUUUAAGGAAGGUUGCUGUUUCCAUCGCGUCGUCAAUCCUGUCACGGGGAUGGAUACGGACAAAGUGAAAGGCCUGGUGAGGCCGCAUGCGGGGGAUAAGUACCGUUGGCGUCAUCUGGUGGAAGAUCCUGUGAACAGUGAUAAGCAGUUACUGCUAAUGAAGUGGGUGUGUCGGAUCCGCGCAGCCGCCUCAGUCAGACUCACAGAUCUGACCAGGCUUAUUCUGAAGGACCCGGCGCUGGUGUUGAUUUCGACCGGAGGGAACCGCGAGGAGUGGAUCUGCGUGCAGGAGUGCUGCGACAAGGCGUGUGGGGUCACUUUUGCGCAAGCCGCGGAACACGUUGUUUCCCAGCGCCACAGCGAUGGCACGGUGUCAGGCGCGGCUACCCGCAGCUCCAAGGCUGGUGUCGCUUUGCCGGCCGCGCGGAAGGAGUUUGGCGUGUGA